CUGAGACUCCUAACGGUGUUACAGGCGAACCUGAGAGUCCAAAUCCAGUCCAGCAAGUAAUCGCUACUAUGAAAGACGUUGCUGUUGCUGUUGCUGAUGUAACUGCAGCAAGUGAUGAAGCAGUAGCAAAAGGUCGAGAUGCUGCUGCGAAAGCUUUAAUGACAAAUCUAGAAGAGUUGAAGUGGUUCCAGCAUCGGUGGCUGGAUAAACACGGCAGGGACAGCAACCUCAAGACGACCCGCGAACAAUUAGCUCUCAUGCGACGUUGGUUUGAUUCACUUGACGCCGAUGGAUCGGGCGAAAUCGGGUUGGACGAGCUGGAAGAUCCUCUUGUAUCGGUCGGACUAGCAAGCAGUCGGGAUGAUGUCCAGCAUCUAAUUGAGGAAGUAGAUGUCAAUGGCACCGGCAGCGUUACUUUCGACGCAUUCUUGAAUCUAUUCUAUCCUGAAAGAGUCAAACGUGAACGGAUCCGAAGAUUUCCUCCGCCACUGCAUGCUCCUAAACAUCGACCCCCGGCGCGGCUCAAAGUAUCUCCAAGUCCAUCCGGAACGAAUCCGAUGGUAAAACGUUCUAGACAAGUCGAAACUAAUGUUGUCAAUCCAGUGGCACGUCUAUUUGAGAACCUCCAAGCAGGCAAACUCGGCGAUCUAGCUGUUCCUUUCCCCGUUCUCAUCACGGCCUAUCGACGACGCAUGUUACUUGACGCGCACAUGGCUGACAAUCCGGCUGCAAAAAGAGUGGGGUCCUCUGUGUUGCAGGCACUUGAAACAACAAAGCGAGAAAACUCCAUGCCGGACAUGUAUGACUGGCGCAAGACUCAUUUCGACCUUCAACACCAUUUUCCCACACUACAGGCCCGACCAACAUCAUUUAAAGCAACAGAAGCGAUCAAGAAAUAA